AUGGCCGAGGUUCUACGAGAUGUACGGAUCAAGCUGGGUGAACUCAGAGAUCUGCCUGUCAUAAAAGGCAUGGUGGCUGAACUUACCACAACUACCCAGAACAUCGCUACGACUGUUAACCAGCUGUCCAAUGACAUGGCAACCAUAAAUACCAGAUGCAGCGCUUUAGAAGCCUCCAAUAUUGCACUUGUUGCUCGAUGUCAGGCCUUGGAGGAAGUGAAUGCCUCACUUGGUCAACGAUUGGAGCAAAUGGGGCAGCAACUCCUAGAAAACCCUACAAAUGUGGUAAACAUGACCUCUCUCCACGACAAGAUCGAGCGGCUUACUCAACAACAACUCCGUCAGGAAAUUAUUAUCUCCGGGCUACCUUCUGUUGAGGGCGUCCCUAUCACUGAAAUGAUAAAGAAACUUGGUACGGCUCUACAGGCCCCGACUGGUCCAACAGACAUCGUGGACACCUAUCGCCUCUCACCGAAACCUGAUGCGGCACCUCCGCUAGUUGUGCGGUUCUCAUCUGCUUUCAUCCGUGAUGUCUGGAUAGACCAAAAACGGAAGAAACCACUACUUACUGCCUCGGAAGUCCUGCCUUCGCUGCCCAACACCAAGGUCUACGUAAAUGAGCGUCUCUCAGCCUACUCGCUCAAUCUUCUUACUGAAGCUCGUGCUGCCGCCAAACCUCUUCGUGGUGCCAAGGUGUGGGUUCGUCGAGGAACAAUCUUCGUGCGAAAGGAUGGCACCUCUGCCCCCAUCAGGAUACUGGACCAUGAUGACCUCGCCAGGAUCAUCUCGUGA